UGUGUGUGUGAGUGUGGAGCUUUUCAUCUGGGCUCCUCUGAACAAUCCUGAGACUGAAAGGAAACUUCUGCUGGGGAUAAUACAAACAUGAGCUCUUUGCACCUGAACAACCGAGCGGAGAGCCAUUUCCAAGCGCAAGAAGAACAUGAGCUGGAGACGCUGGGGAAGAAAGCCUGGGACAACCCUGUUUAUAACGGGUCACCUUCUUCCUCGCUGAAGAUCAGGGCCAUAUACAACCCCAAGGCCAUCCUGGAAAACCCCUACGAGAACACCGAGCAGCCAAGCGGUGCUCUGCCCGACCAGGGCGAGAGGAAGGAAGUGGAGGGAGCCAAGAGGGCCCGGGCCGUCCCCAGCUGCUGUCUCCACAUCGCCAGAGGCAUUCGAGGACUGUGGGGCACGACUUUGACUGAAAACACAACUGAAAACCGUGAGCUUUAUGUGAAGACCACGCUGCGUGAACUUCUGGUCUAUGUGGUAUUCUUAGUGGACAUCUGCUUGUUGACCUAUGGGAUGACAAGUUCAAAUGCCUACUAUUACACCAAAGUUAUGUCUGAUCUCUUCUUACAAACUUCUGCAGACAAUGGUGUCUCCUUCCAGUCCAUUGGAAGCAUGGCGGACUUCUGGGCUUAUACUCAGGGCCCCUUACUAAAUAGUUUGUACUGGACCAAAUGGUACAAUAAUGAGUCACUGGGCCAGAACACUCAAUCAUACAUCUAUUACGAAAACUUGCUCCUCGGUGUCCCUCGACUGCGGCAGCUGAAGGUCCAGAACAACUCUUGCUCUGUGCAUGAGGACUUCAAAGAAGACAUCUUCGGCUGCUAUGAUGUAUACAGUGAGGAGAAGGAAGACAGAUCCUCCUUUGGGCUCCUCAAUGGAACAGCGUGGCAAUACCACACAGAGGAAGAACUUGAUGGCUCGUCUCACUGGGGCAGAUUAACAAGUUAUAGCGGAGGAGGGUAUUAUGUAGACCUCAAAAUGACCCGAGAGGAAAGCAUCGCCACCCUUCAAGUCUUGAAAGAGAACUUGUGGCUGGAUCGGGGAACACGCGUGACUUUCAUCGACUUCUCUGUGUACAAUGCCAACAUCAACCUCUUCUGUGUGCUCAGGUUGGUGGUUGAAUUCCCAGCCACUGGUGGAGCCAUCCCCUCGUGGCAGAUCCGAACUGUCAAGCUCCUCCGGUAUGUCAGCACUUGGGACUUCUUUAUUGUUGCCUGUGAAAUUGUCUUCUGCGUCUUCAUCUUCUACUACGUCAUAGAAGAGAUUUUGGAACUGCACAUCCACAGGCUUCGAUACUUCACCAGUAUCUGGAACAUCCUUGAUAUAGUGGUCAUCUUGCUUUCUAUCAUUGCCAUUGGAUUCCACAUGUUUCGCACCAUGGAAGUCAACAGGUUGAUGGGACAGCUGCUGAAGAAACCCAGCAUUUAUGCCGACUUUGAGUUCCUGGCUUUCUGGCAGACCCAGUAUAACAACAUGAACGCUGUCAAUUUAUUCUUCGCCUGGAUCAAGAUAUUCAAAUACAUCAGCUUCAACAAAACCAUGACCCAACUCUCCUCCACUCUGGCCCGCUGUGCCAAGGACAUCCUGGGCUUCGCCAUCAUGUUCUUCAUUGUCUUCUUUGCCUACGCCCAACUAGGGUACCUUCUUUUUGGGACCCAAGUGGAAAACUUCAGCACCUUUGUGAAAUGCAUCUUCACCCAGUUUCGAAUAAUCCUCGGUGACUUUGACUACAAUGCCAUCGACAAUGCUAACAGGAUAUUGGGGCCCAUAUAUUUUGUCACCUACGUCUUCUUUGUCUUCUUUGUACUGUUGAACAUGUUCCUGGCUAUUAUCAAUGACACCUACUCAGAAGUAAAGGAGGAGCUGUCCAACCAGAAAGAUGAAUUGCAGCUCUCAGACAUCCUGAAACAGGGCUACCACAAGACCCUCAUGAGGCUGAAGCUGAAAAAGGAGCGCAUCUCUGACGUGCAGAAAGCCCUGCAAACAGGGACCAAGGAACUCGAAUUUGAGGAUUUCAAAAACAGCCUGAGAGAGCUUGGCCACGCAGAGCACGAGAUCGCCACGGCCUUUGCCAAGUUUGAUCAAGACGGCAACCAGAUCCUCGAUGAAGAGGAGCAGAAGAGGAUGAGGAACGACUUGGAGGAGAAGAGGGUUGCACUGAAUGCGGAAAUUGAGAAUUUGGGGAAAUCUUUCAGGGGCAACAAUUUUGGUGAUACCCUUGCAAAGAACAAUCAAACCAACCAGUCUGGCUCGUGGUCUGAGGAAGAGUUUCAAAUACUCCUUCGGCGGGUGCUGCAGUUGGAAUCCUCCAUUGGCUGGAUCGUGUCCAAGAUUGAAGCAGUGGGCAAGAAGAUGGAGACCCUGGAGAGAAACAAGAAAGAACUCAGCCAUGAAGAUCGGAUCCAUCAGAACCUUGAUUGGGUCCCCGAGGAAGGAAGUGGAAGGGAGGGGCCACCCCGGAUGGAGAGUCUCAGCAGGAACUUGCGCAACACCAGCAACUGCCCUGUGCUGACCGAGAUGGAGCUGCCCAAAAGCAUCCGGCUGCAACCUAGCAUGAACUUCUAGCACAUCUUUAUCAUCUCAACAUGAUGCUGAAACCCCCUCAUCUGCUGUUCCAGUCCUGCUAUGCUUGCCAGAGAAGCUAAAACACAAGCACCAUAAUCGAGCUUCUCUGUCCUAUCAGGCACCCAAAGGCAAAUUUCACCUGCAGGCUUUGGGGGAUUUCUGAUCCGGAUCUAUAUUUUACAACUGUUUACGACUAUAUUUUACAUAUGUUUUAAAUUGACUGCAAUCCUGGCCACAUCUGGAAGACUGGGAAUGGCCUCUGCACAAGAUGUGUUUCCUAAACAGAAGUUGCUUUCAUGAAGGGGAACCUUCCGUGGGAAUCUGCUGCCUCAAUUACAACCUAUUCGUACACAUACACAUUCUUCUUGUAUAUUCCUUGGUAUAUAUGUGGCAUUUAAAAAGAAAAAUUAAAACCCAUGAAAAAUCUUUUGUUUAUUAUAAUAUAGAAGGAUGAAUUGGUACCUAAAAACAAGCAUUCAAAUCAACUGUUUAAAAUAUAAAUAUUUGUAUGUUUCCUCAAAAGAGUAAAUACCGGCUCCUCAGAGCCAUUUCAAAUUCGGAAAAUGGUGUAUUUGUGUGUGUGUGUGUGGGGGGACACUUAAUCCCCCCCUCCCCUCCCCUCCCCCCAAUCCUCCCCACGUGCCUGAUUUUCAGCGAAAAAGAACUUCAGGAGCCCGUGUUUGUGGAAUCACGUUUGAUUCCUUCAGAAAGGUGUGCUGUGUUUUCCAGCAAGGCGCCCUCUUUAAUGUCAGGAGUCAACUUAUUAGACAGAGACUCUCUUUAUUGUCAGGAGUGACUUUACCAGGUUUGAUUGGAGCAGC